CGGUGUUUGAACUCCGAGGCAGCGCUGACAGCCGCGUGCGACCGGCGUCAUCUUCGCGGCUGUCGCCCCACCUUGUUGAUAACAUGGCACUUACUUAUGCUCACUUGUGGGCCGUCCCAGUUCCGUGGCGUCUUUGAUUUCCUAAUUUCUUCCGUACUUGUUCUCAGCUCACCUAACUUCGUGUUUCUGAAAGAAAUGCGUGCUCCUUUGCAGCGUAAGAAGAGUGAGUCGCGCUCGUCGCCAACGUGCUACAAUUGCAAAUAAACGCCACGAACUACUUGUGUUCUUCGGUGGAUUAACUGCAUUGACGUCGUUGGACUUAGGUGACGGUGGAAAAAAAAUCUGACUGUCAGUUUCUGGACGAACUACCUUGUGAUGCGACUCUGCGUGUAACGUCUUCUAAAGGAAGCCUCGGGCUAGGGAGACCGAUAAAAUGGGACCACCGUUGUUCCCCAGCAAGGACUGUAGACCACCAGUGAAGAUUCUUUGCGUCGGCUGGUUUCUUAUUGGACUUGCCCUAGCAUUGGCUCCGAGACCAGUGGCGGCGAUUUCCGAGCCCCGGGCGCCUCACUUCCUGCACGAGCCGCCAUCGCGCGUCGAGUUCCUGAACGGCACGGGCGCCGUGGUGCCGUGCGUGGUGCACGGCUCGCCCGCGCCGCGGGUCACGUGGUCGACGCGUGCGGGUCAGCCGCUGCACGAGGUCCCGGGGUUGCGUCACAUGCGCGCCGACGGCUCCCUCGUGCUGCCCCCGUUCCGAGCGGAGGACUUCAAGGAGGACGUGCACAGCGCCGUGUACCGGUGCCUCGGGACGAACUCGCUGGGCACCAUUGGCAGCCAUGACGUGCGCGUCCGCGCAGCCUGA